AUGGCGCAGCAAGGCUACGAAGAAGACCUCUUACGAAGAUGGUUCCCAGAAGACGCGGAAGGGCCUGAUAAGCACCUUACCGAGAGUGACAUCUGCAACAUCGCAGAAGUCUUGGUGCGCAGUUCGAGAGAUGCGUGGAGUCGCAUUCCAAGAAUUUACAGCAUAUUAAGAAUGAUUGGAGAACUCAACGCAAUCGAUGCUUUCAUUGCCGAUGGAUGCACAGACGUAUCUUUCCCAUUCUCUGGCGCCACCUUACCCGAAGCACUACGCGACCACUCCGCACGACUCAAAUUCCUAGAGCUGCAGCAUCUCGUCUACCAUACGGAAGCCCUCGAUCUCGAACGGCAAGCACGGCACGGCCACUUCAGCAAUCCGAAAGAUGUGCCUUUGAAGAAACUUGGUGAAUUAGGGAAGGGGGGUUUUGGAUACGUUGAUCAUGUUGUGAGCACGAUCAGCCAUAAGGAAUAUGCACGGAAGCUCAUAUCAAGAGGGAAAACUUUCCGAAAGGACAAGCAGGUUCUGCGUGCUUUCACCAAGGAGUUGUCGAAUCUCAAAGGUCUAUCACAUAGACAUCUUGUGAAACUCGCUGGAAGUUAUAGCGACAGAAAGUUCGUGGCCAUUAUCAUGCUUCCGGUGGCGGACAUGAACCUGCAGACGUUCCUGGAAAAAGCUGAUCUUGAUGACACAUCCCGGUCCUUCCUGAGACCCUUCUUCGGCUGUCUCACUUCGGCGCUUUCGUAUCUACAUGACAAUCGUAUACGUCAUAAGGACAUCAAACCAUCCAACGUACUCAUCAAGCAUGACCAGGUCUACUUGACUGAUUUCGGAACAUCACUGGAUUGGUCCGGGUGUGACAAUAGUACCACGGAGACCGCUCUGCCAACAACACCACGCUACUGUGCACCAGAGGUGAUGGCGUUUGUUGAACGUAAUACAUCUUCUGACAUAUGGUCUCUCGGCUGCGUUUUCCUGGAGAUGUGGACAGUUUUGAAGCGUCAUACACUCGAUGGACUGAAAACCCACAUGUCAGCCCACGGAACUCACGUUAAAGAGUAUCAUCAUAACCUUGAGGCCGUUGCUAGUUGGGUACAGAUGCUCGAGAAUGCAACGGGGCCAUCAUGCGAUAUGGCACUGUCAAAGUGGAUUCAGAACAUGCUUCAGCACCAGCCAAAAUCUCGGUGGAACUGCCAUAUUCUCGCAAACCAUAUCCAGGAAGCGAGCUCAGAUCCUUCGUCAGAGUAUGCUUUCAAAGGAUUAUGCUGCCUAGAGCUAGAUGAUGACACUACCGAUGGAACUGGAUCUUCUGAAUGUUUCGAUGAACAUUCCGAAUCUGAGGAUGUCACGCAGUCACCACCGAGUCUCGAACGAAGCGGUUCGGAGAAAACUGUAGGACUUACAGCAUCGGAUAUCUCUCGGUCUGAGAGCGUAGCACGUACUGAGUCUCCUGAUACUGCCGCUUUGGUGUCACCAGCCCAGCCUGAUGUGCCGGUCCCCCGUAUAGUCGUCAACGACUGCCAUGUUCCUCCAGGAGCGUUUGUUGAAGAUGAGAGCGAGUCUUUAUCAAGGGAGAUCUACGAACCUUCAGUAUCAACAAAAGUCUCGGAAGAUGUGAACACCGACCAUGACGACACUAUCUCUUUCGUUAGACUAGAAACCGACCGACGGUAUCAACCUACAGAUAUCCUCCGCCUAGGCCUACCUCAGCAGAACCAUGGGUAUUUGUGGAGCCAGCUACAAGUGGACGAUCCCGGAGAUCAGGACCAACCUACAGAACGUCUCAAUCCAGGCCAAUCACACCACCCAGGCCUACUUCAGCAGAACCACAGGCAAAUGUCGUUCUGGUUACAAAUGGACGAUCCCAGCAGAAACCAGGGUAUCCAGUGUAUCAUCCCGUCAAGCGCGAACCCCCAAGCCGGCGACAAAGAGAUCCAGCUAAGGAAACCCGAAGUGACCCUAAAUCUGCCAAUGUCGAUAGUGAGCCAUCAUCGAACGAGAUGGCGCGCUACGCGGCAGCCUAUGAUCGCCGCACUGAGGCGGAAGCUCGGCGCGGGGCAGAAGAACGUCGGACCUAUGAAGACAAUCGAGACGCCAGCACCAUUCCAGCUAGACCUCAUGAUGUCCAGAGGGAAGAGACCCAGAGCGGAGAUGAUUCUGACGAUAGUAUGGUCGCGCAUCCCGGUGGUAAUCGGACACCCAAUAUUCGACCAUCACCAACAAGAGAGGCCAUAA